UUAAACUUUAAAUUUUGUUUACCUUUUUAAAUUGAUCUCAAGUGAAUUAUGUCAAUUAACAAACUACCAAACGAGUGUCUCUAUAUGAUUUUGGACCAUUUCAAUGGAUUCGAAGAGUUGAUCCGAUUGUCCAAAGUCUCCCCGAGAUGGUUGUUGGUCGUUUUGCUUAAGUUUAGCAAAGUUAAAUAUCUUCAAUUGAUUGGAAGAUACAGAAGUGACCUGGACUAUAUUGACAAUGACAAACUUUGGAAAAAUACUACAGAAACUUUGAAGAGUCACAAUUUAAGGGAUUUGUUUCCCAAUCUGAAGAUUGUUGAAGUUCCGUUGCAUUUUUUUGUUUCCCUUGAGUCAUAUGAUUUUAGAAGGUUAAUUAACGAACAUCCUAAAAUCAAAGGAUUAAUUGGACUUUAUGAUCCUGUUGAGUACGGAUAUAACUUGGAAAAUAUCGAAAUGAUUUCAUCAGAUUUCAAAUUCGAAUUCAAAAAAAUCUUUCGACCUGAUCAAUUGAAACAAAUUCGCUUCGACAAAGUUUUAGACUACUCUGAACUAUCACAAGUUAUCGAAUACUUUCCGAAUUUAAAGCGGCUCAACUUACCACUUCGUAAUGACAUUAAAAAAUACGAUGGCCCGAAUUUGACUGCUUUAAAGAUACUUGAAGUAGAGGUUGUGACAUAUUCUUAUGAUGAGUUUUCUAUAUUUCCCUUUAUGGAUUCCUGUCCAAAUCUAGAAAGUGCAUUCUUACUUUUUAUUCAUGGUAAGGAUGCUUCUGUUAACGAUUCGAUAAAAAAUUUCAAUUUAAGAGAUUUAGUUAUCGAACAGGCUGGUCAUCUUAAAUGGUCAUUAUUACGAAAAAUUUUGUUGAAAUUUCCGAAUUUACAUCAUCUUGGAAUCAGAAACAAUGAAAAUAUUGACGACAGUCAUGUGGAAGAAUUGGUGAAACUAUUACCUAAAAUAAAACUGAUCGACUUGAGGAGUUGUGACGAAGUGACUCAAAAAUCAGCUGAUAUUCUGUCCAAAUAUUGCGAGAAAUCCAAUCGAUCAAUUAAAAUCUAUUAUGAUUGUGAAGAGGAACCAAUCGAAUGGCCUCAAUUGGUUUAUGGUGGCGAUCGAAUUUGUUAUGGAUUCGAUUUCAUGAAACAUUGUUUUUAUAAAACUUGGAACUCACUUCCGCAUUUGCUUGAUGAAUAAAGUUGCAAAAUGACCCAUAUAAUUGAGUCGUUUUAUUCAAUUACAUGUAGUUAAUAAUUGUCUCAUUUAUUCAUAUUUCAGUUCUCUUCCAAUUCUCAUGGAUGAAUAAAAAUCGAAACUCCUAUUAUACAAUA